AUGCGCAGUGGCGCACGCCGGUUGCAACCGCAUCUUGUCACUAGGGGGCACCAUAACACCGUUUAUGGAGUCUCCAGUGACAGGCGGUCUGACAGACGCUGUCACAUCACUCUGCCUGAGGACAGAGAGAUGGGCCGCGCUCCCCAGCUCAGCCUGGGUCCUGAGAACGAUAUCGCGGGGUUACAGGCUUCAGUUUGCAGCCGUUCCCCCUCGUUUCUCUGGUAUAGUGCAUUCUCAGGCGCGCAGAGAGUCAGCUCGUGUUCUCCAGGAGGAAAUUCACUCGCUAUUGGAAAAGAGAGCAAUAUGCGUGGUGCCUCCCGGACAAUGUCAGAGCGGCUUUUAUUCCAGGUAUUUCCUGGUCCCCAAACGAGGAGGGACCGGGAUUCGCCCAAUCCUGGAUCUCCGGGCUCUGAACAAAUACCUCAGAACAUACCAGUUCAGGAUGCUUACACACGCAUCCCUGCUGCGUAUGGUGCGUCGGAACGACUGGUUCACGUCAGUCGACCUCAAAGACGCAUAUUUCCACAUUCCGAUAUAUCCUCCUCACAGGAAAUAUCUGAGGUUUGCUUUUCAGGGUGUUUGUUACGAGUACAGAGUGCUGCCCUUCGGGUUAUCUCUGAGCCCAAGGGUGUUUGUGCGUUGUACGGAAGCGGCCAUUGCCCCGCUGCGGCGACAGGGCAUCAGGCUGGCCACGUACCUGGACGAUUGGCUCCUCCUGGCACGGUCCAGAGAGGACGCCAUCGCGCAAACGCACAUCCUCAUAAAACACCUGAUCGACCUGGGUUUUAUGAUAAACUCGGAAAAGAGUGUAUUAUCUCCAGUGCAGAAAAUAAUCUUCCUGGGGUUAUCACUCGACUCGGUGUCCUUCACGGCCCGUCUGUCAGCGGCGAGGGUGAACGUUUUCAGAGCCUGCCUCUCGCGUUUCACCCUGCGCAAUCUGGUCCCCUUCAGAUUAUGCCUCCGACUACUGGGCCUGAUGGCUUCGGCCAUCCUUGUAGUCCGGCUCGGCCAUCUGUACAUGAGGGAUUUUCAGCUGUGGGUGCGUUCCCUCAGGCUGAAUCCCGUGCGUCAUGGUGCACGGAGGGUGACGGUCAGUGCGCAAUGCGUAAUGGCACUGCGUCGCUGGCGCCACCCGGCUUGUCUGGUGACAGGGGUGCCUAUGGGCCCCGUACUGUCCCGGAAAGUGAUCACCACAGACGCGAGCAUGUCGGGCUGGGGUGGUAUAUGCGAGGACCGUUACGUGAGGGGCGUCUGGAGCGAGGAUCUCCAGCGCGCUCACAUAAACUACCUCGAGCUCUUGGCGGUGUUUCUCACGCUGAGACGCUUUCUCCCGCUUCUCAGGGGACAUCAUGUCCUGGUGAGAACGGACAAUACGACGACGGUGGCAUAUAUCAACCGUCACGGAGGUCUGCGCUCCCGGCAAUUACACAUGCUGGCACGCAGACUGAUCCUGUGGAGCAGCGUCCGCCUCCGGUCUCUGAGAGCCACCCAUGUCCCGGGGGCUCUGAACCGGGGGGCGGACCUGUUGUCCAGGGGUGCGCCGCUCUACGGGGAAUGGAUGUUACAUCCAGCCCUCGUGGAGCAGGUGUGGGCCCGCUUUGGCAGAGCCACUGUGGAUCUGUUCGCGUCGAGAGAGAACGCGCAAUGUCCGCUGUUUUUCUCAAUACGCGAUCCAGGUGCGCCGCUCGGCGUGGACGCGCUCGCGCACGUCUGGCCGUCGGUCCUCCUAUAUGCUUUUCCCCCGUUGGCUUUGAUUCCCCCGACUCUGGACAGAGUCAGGGAGCAUCGCCACACGCUGGUUCUGAUAGCUCCGCAGUGGCCGGCCAUGCACUGGCUAGCGGAGGUUUAUCAGCUCCUGUCGGGGCAGCCAUGGCAGCUUCCCCUCCGCAGGGAUAUGCUGUCACAGGCAGGGGGAGCAGUUUUUCACCCACAUCCGGAGCGCCUGGCUCUUUGGGCCUGGCCCCUGAGUGGUGUAAUUUAAAUACUGCUGGACUCCCUCAGAAUGUGAUUAACACUAUUCAGAGUGCUAGAGCAGCCUCCACUAGGUCUCUUUAUGACUGUAAGUGGAGGGUGUUUGAGGAGUGGUGUCAGAAAAAAGGACACAUCUCCUUUCAGUGCACUGUUGGUGUUAUUUUGUCAUUCUUGCAGGACUUGAUUGACAAACGUAAAGCCUUCUCCACAAUAAAGGUGUAUCUGGCUGCAAUUGCCGCGUGCCAUGUGGGGUUUGGUGGAAAAACGGUCAGCCAGCAUCCUUUGGUCUGCCGUUUCAUGAAAGGGGCACGCAGGCUGCUUCCUGUUUGCAGGCCGCUGGCGCCCCCAUGGGACUUGGCGGUGGUUUUAAAUGGGCUCUCCAGAGCUCCGUUUGAACCACUGGAGGAGGUGAGCUUGAAGCAUCUGUCUCUGAAGACAGCGCUGCUUCUAGCUUUGGCCUCUGCCAAGCGUGUUAGUGACAUUCAUGCACUCUCAGUGCACUCCUCGUGCACUCAGUUUGCCCCUGGGAAUGCCAGGGUGUCACUGAAGCCCCACCUGGCCUUCGUGCCCAAGGUGGUGGGCUCAUGCUCUCCUAUUGUUCUUACAGCAUUUUCUCCACCGCCAUUUUCUUCUCCGGAAGAACAGCGGCUGCACAUGCUGUGUCCAGUCCGUGCCUUGCGGAUUUAUAUGGACAGGACAAUGGGGUUUCGGGAAGGUGACCAGCUCUUUGUGUCCUGGGCUCGCCCCUGCAGGGGCAGACCCAUCACGAAGCAGCGACUCUCCCACUGGAUUGUGGGAGCGAUCGCCCUGGCCUACACGUGUCAAGGUCUUCAGGCCCCUGUGGGCCUGCGGGCCCAUUCUACACGUGGCCUGGCUGCAUCCUGGGCCCUGUGUAAAGGGGUGUCAAUUCAGGAGAUUUGUGCAGCAGCGAGCUGGUCUUCACCACUCACCUUCGUCCGCUUUUAUAAGCUGGACAUCCCUGCUCUGAGCCUGGCUCAUGCAGUACUGACUGCGGGGCUCUCUUAGGGCAGGGGGGAGGGCCUUUCCUGAGAGCUGGUGGUCAAUCGAGAUAAGCAUGUCUGGCAAUACGGGAGUUUCCAUAUCCCAUAGUGAGACAUCGAAACGAAUGCUAUGAAAGAGAACUUUAGGUUACUUAACGUAACCCCGGUUCUCAGAGUAGCAUGAGUGAGAUGUCUCACCAGACAGCCCUUCUUGCUGGGCGAAGCGAGAAGAGGUGCUUAUUUUGAGUGACGCUGCGCAGAUGACGCAGGCUACUUAAAGGGUAGGUGGCUCCACCCUCGGUGGGCGUCGCGAUCACCAGCCAAUCAGGAUUGGCGUAGUGAGAUAAAUGCUUCUGAGGCAUACGCUGGGGGCGUAUCCCAUAGUGAGACAUCUCAC